UACCCCAACACCAGCCCAAUAAACUGAUUUUAACCAUGAAGUUUAAAUUCCCGCAAUUAGCACCAGUUAGCACCAGCGCCCUAGCGAUAUCGCGAUUUCACAAGCUACCUCCCUGAUCCACCGCUGAAGCGGACGAUACAACCGUCAUCUUUCAGAAUUCUCACUUCCCAGAUGCGAUCAUUGGCAUCUUCAGGCUCUGGCUACUGGAUAAGCUUCUGACAAGGAACAACCUGAAGGGGAUAAAAUAAAGGCAUGCAGUCCGUUCAUUCAUGGAGCAAGAUUCGCUCCCACAUGGUCCAUACGACCCGCUCGACGCCCUCACAGAAAAUUCGUCCAAAGGUGCAACUUCCAACUCGCACCCGUUAAAUCCAACCGGAGCUGUUCAGCAAUUGAUGUUCGAGUACAGGAAAAAAACUUUUCUGCAUCCCGUGCUUUUGAGGGGGGAUAAUCCUCAAACAAAUAUAUCAACUCAAAUGCUCAAUCAGCCCCCCUCCUUCCUCCUCGGCACAUCCCAUCUGUAUAAAAAAACAAUUAAAAAAAAGAAAAAAGAAAAAAGAAAACGAAAUCAAACCCAGCCAACUGCCCCUCAUUUCCAUCCAGUUCAUUCAUCCCCUUCCUCCACGCGCGCAAACCCUUCCCCAUCCCUUCACCUCCCCACCCCCUCCUCCGCCUCCCAAAUCCUAUCCAAUGACAUCAACUAUCCAACCUCCACCGGUCCCGUACCGAUGCCGGCUGCAGGAGCACAAAGAAAGGAAGAAAGAAAGGCGGGGCCAUUUUGGCAUGGCUGAAAUAGUGUGCCACACACAUACGCUGUAGACACAUACAAGAAAAGGGGGGCCCGCCUGGAAACGCGGGGGGCAUGGGUCAAACGUUGAGUUAUGAACUUAUUAUGAUUGGCGUGAUGUGGUUUUUAGAUAGUUAGUUAGCGGGGCCUUGGGCACAGGCACGGGCACGGGCACGGGCACGAGCAUGCGACAGGGCAUGGGGGCAUGAGGGCCCGGCCCGGCCAGGGUGACGGUGGUGGUUCGUGAUGCUUGCCGCUCAUCCUACCCAUCUAUCCAAGGACACCAUUUGUUUUUUUUUUUAUAUAUUUUUUUUAUAGAGGGUAUGUUUACUGUACUGGUGUUUCCCGUUUCAGUAGUACGGAGGAGCUUAGCGAGUUGGGCAAUCCAUUGUGGCUGUGCCGGGCCGCUUGGGGAUUGGAGACGGGGGCAGGCAGGCCGGCAACAUAACAUGGCUGGAUGUUUUUUUGAUGUAGCUAGCCUGUGAUGCGGGAUUAACUCAUUAUUAUUAUUUAUUUGCUACGGAGUAUUUAUUCUUGGGACAGUUAACUCGGAGCCCGACACUUGAAAGGAAGGGUAGAGGCAAAUGAAUGAUGAUGAUGAAGGGGGGAAAGUAGUAGCUUGAUAGAUUUGUUUCCCUCCUCCAACUCAAGUCCGCAAUAAAUCAAUCCACUCUACGGAGUAUUAUUGAGUUAACUUACCUUGCGGUUGAAUUAAUAAAGAAUCUCAUGUUUAGGUUUUAUACUUACUAACACCACCGCCAUGGAGUGAUUGUAUGUUUCCCCUAUCCCCUAACUAACAGCGGAAUCCUUCCUGAACAAUGCCUCUCCGAUGUUAGUUACAGUUAUUAUAGUUAUACCUCUUCUUCCCCUUCUCACUCCUCCCAAUUAAGCAAAGGGGAGUCAUUUAGCCGAUGGAUGGAUGGGUAUGAUUUUCU